AUGCCUAUCUCUACUAAAAUUCUGCUCCCUAUGCGCGCACGCGUCGGUGUCCGGUCUUUCUCGUCAUCCUGCUCGCGCUCGCAGGCCGCUGCGCCACUACCGUCAAGCAAGCCCGUUGGAGCUUUCCGAGGAGGUAUUUUCGGGUUCCUGGCUGGGUCUGUCGCCGCCGGCGCGUCGGUGUACUAUUACGUCCUAGGAGAAUACAAGAUCGCCAAUGAGAUGCUCUCUGAUGACAUUUCGGCACUGCAAAUGGCCACAAUCAAGCUCCAGUCAUACAUUACAGAACUGGAGUCAAAGGUUGACCAGCUGCACAAAAAGAAAUAA